GUGUGUGAGUGAGUGAGUGAAUGAGUGAAUGUGUGCGUCUCUCCUUUUUGUUAUUGUUGUUAUUCCUCUUUUUUUAACUACGUGAACUCUUCCGUGUCCUUGUGACUCUUCGGCUUUGUACUUUUUUUUUUUUUUGUGGAGAAUUCUCAUGAGUGUCCCACCGGUGAUCCGUUCUCCGAGCCCCAUCCCGGGGUCCCAAGGUAUAUCUUUUCAAAUUCAGAUCGGCUUGAGCCUUGGAGCCCGUCCUGCUCGACUCCAGUGACUUUAGCCUGGCACACGUCAGAGAGAUGGCAUGCUCCAUCGUCGACCUCAAGUUCCCAGAAUGUGGCUUUUACGGGAUGUAUGAUAAGAUCCUCCUGUUCCGUCACGACCCGAGCUCGGACAACAUCCUGCAGCUGGUGAAGUCGGCCACCGACAUCCAAGAGGGAGACCUGGUCGAGGUCGUCUUGUCAGCAUCGGCGACGUUUGAAGAUUUUCAGAUCCGUCCUCAUGCGCUGUUUGUCCACUCCUACCGAGCGCCGACGUUUUGCGAUCACUGUGGAGAAAUGCUGUGGGGGCUUGUGAGACAGGGCCUUAAAUGUGAAGGGUGUGGCUUAAACUAUCACAAGAGAUGCGCCUUCAAGAUUCCCAACAACUGCAGCGGAGUACGCAAGAGACGGCUCUCCAAUGUGUCCUUAACUGGCUUGACGACAUCCAGGUCAGUGUCUGCUGAGCCGUCUCCUAGCACCCCAGACGAGGGGCUCCUGUCUCCUGUCUGCACCACCAUGGAGCAAAAAACGCAGUCGGAGACGUUCAUUGGCCGAGAGAAAAGAUCCAACUCGCAGUCCUACAUCGGGCGCCCGAUCCAACUGGACAAGAUCCUGCUGUCCAAAGUGAAAGUGCCUCACACGUUCGUCAUCCACUCCUACACGCGGCCCACCGUCUGCCAGUACUGUAAGAAGCUGCUCAAAGGCCUCUUUAGGCAAGGCCUGCAGUGUAAAGACUGCAAGUUUAAUUGUCAUAAGCGCUGUGCCCCCAAAGUGCCAAACAACUGCCUUGGUGAAGUGGCCAUUAAUGGAGAUCUGCUAAGCCCUGGCGCGGAGUCCGACGUCGUCAUGGAAGAAGGCAGCGAUGACAAUGACAGUGAACGAAACAGCGGCCUGAUGGACGACAUGGAAGAAUCGAUGGUCCAAGAUCCCGAAAUCUCACUGACCGGCAACCACAGCGACACGGGCGACAUGCACGACCAGGACCACGACGAAUCCAGCAGGAUGAUAAGCCCUUCAACCAGUAACAACAUACCCCUGAUGAGAGUCGUGCAGUCUGUCAAGCACACGAAACGGAAAAGCAGCAACAUCAUGAAAGAGGGGUGGAUGGUCCACUUCACCAGCAAGGACCCCUUGCGGAAGAGACACUACUGGAGACUGGACAGCAAAUGCAUCACCUUAUUCCAGAAUGAGACGGGAAGCAAAUACUACAAGGAGAUUCCUCUGUCUGAAGUCCUGUCUUUGGAACCUGCAAAAAACUUUAGUUUACUCCCCUCGGGGGCAAAUCCUCACUGCUUCGAAAUCACCACGGCACACAUCGUGUAUUACGUGGGCGAAAGCCUUGGCGGCAGCGUGGCUCCGCUGGUCAACAACAACGUGCUCGUGAGUGGCACCGGGCACGAUGUGGCAAGGAUGUGGGAGAUGGCCAUACAACACGCCUUGAUGCCCGUCAUUCCAAAAGGCAUCUCACAUGCGUCCCGGCAGAGCCAGCACAAAGACGUGUCGCUCAGCAUUUCAGUGUCGAACUGCCAGAUACAAGAAAACGUGGAUAUCAGCUCAGUCUACCAGAUUUUUGCUGACGAGGUUUUAGGAUCCGGACAGUUUGGAAUUGUUUACGGAGGCAAGCACAGGAAGACGGGACGAGACGUGGCCAUCAAGAUCAUAGACAAGCUGCGGUUUCCAACAAAACAGGAAAGCCAGCUGCGCAAUGAAGUGGCAAUUUUACAGAACCUCCAUCAUCCCGGCGUCGUCAACUUGGAGUGCAUGUUUGAGACUCCCGAACGCGUGUUUGUUGUCAUGGAAAAGCUCCAUGGAGACAUGCUGGAGAUGAUCUUAUCCAGCGAAAAGGGACGACUGCCAGAGCGUAUCACCAAGUUUCUAAUCACUCAGAUUCUCGUAGCAUUGCGGCACCUCCACUUCAAGAAUAUCGUGCACUGUGACCUCAAGCCGGAGAAUGUGCUCCUCGCCUCUGCUGAUCCGUUCCCACAGGUCAAGCUCUGUGACUUUGGUUUUGCGAGGAUCAUUGGGGAGAAGUCAUUCCGGCGGUCCGUCGUUGGCACACCGGCAUACCUGGCCCCAGAGGUUCUGAGGAACAAAGGCUACAACAGGUCGCUGGACAUGUGGUCCGUAGGCGUCAUCAUUUACGUCAGCCUAAGCGGCACAUUCCCGUUUAACGAGGACGAGGACAUUCACGAUCAGAUCCAGAAUGCUGCCUUCAUGUAUCCCCCGAACCCCUGGAAGGAGAUUUCACAAGAAGCAAUUGAUCUAAUUAACAACUUGUUGCAAGUGAAAAUGAGGAAACGCUACAGUGUUGACAAGUCUCUUAGCCAUCCCUGGCUGCAGGACUACCAGACGUGGCUCGACCUGAGGGAGCUGGAGUGCAAAAUGGGGGAGCGCUACAUCACCCACGAGAGCGACGAUUCCCGGUGGGAGCAGUUUGCAGGCGAGCACGGACUGCAGUACCCGGCGCACCUCGUCAGCCGGCAGACAGAAGGUGGCGAAGGAGGCCUGGAGACGCAGCAAGCCGAACUGCGGGCCCUCAGCGAGCGGCUCAGCAUCUUGUAGGGCAGGACGCGCCGACCCGCCACACUGUGCAAUUUUUUCCAAAGGGUUGUCGGCCUUUUUCCCCUUCGGCCUGUUUUGUUUUUUUUUUUUUGUUUCUUUUCAAACCCCUCUCGAUGGGUCCACGUCUGCGGUUUUCUUCUUGGAGUGUCAAAGCAGCCGCGGCAGCCUCCUGAAUUUGGUUUGUUUUUACACAGGGAAUGUCGUUAAGUGUGCCUUUGAUAGAUUGUCACCUCGGCGGAAGGUGUUCGUCAAUGCUUUUAAUUAUAGCUACUUAUAUUUGAAUGAAUUUAUAUUAACAGUAUCGUAACCAGUGUGUUGAAUGGGCUGCCGUUUAACAAGCUUUUUCGUUCAAUCCUCACGUAAGGCCGGGGAGGAUCCUACUCCGCACCCAUGGAUCGUACCCUGCUGUACCGUUCCAGCUGAAGUGCUUUAUGUAACAAAGAAGCCUCAAUGCCUUAGUCACAUUGCUGGGUACAUCACCGAUCCGAUGACAAUGACAUCCUGUAAAUCACGGGUCUCCAUCCAGUUUCACUGACGUUUGGUUGGACAGAAUGUACCCACGUUUUCGUUUUUUACCGCGCUCUUGUCUCGCUCAGUUUGAUUGUUUUCAUCGCAGUAAGGUGGAGUAGCCACCCCUCCAUUCGUGUCACUUGUUUGCUUGCUGUGUGAUGUUGUGCCUCAUCAUUUUCUCCCCCAUUGUGAUGAGUAGGACCCUCCUUUUAACCAUUCACCUGUCUGUGGCUGAGAUGACGGCUCAUCUGGUGGACCAGAGCACAGAGACAUCGACCGAGUCGAUCGUCUCAGAACCACAAGGUCGGAAGGGUCGAUUAUAAGGAGAGAUUACUGUCAAAGGACAAAGGGGAGAGCAGUUGGAACAAGCAGGGUCCGCAAACCAAAGGCUAAGAGGAGGACAAAUGGGGUCAUCGUCGAGGACAAAGCAGAAAACUGGACAAAGAAAUCAUCAGAGAAACUAGCGGAUGUUUCCUUUCAAGAAGGACAAUACACUCACGUGGCUUACCCUUAAAUGAGACAUUAUUUGGAUUUGGAUUUUUCAUUCAUUUUGUAUCUUGUUCUUUGUCCUGAGCAGAUUCUGUGCGUCUUUUCUGGGAGUUUUGUAACUCAGAUCUUCAGGUUUCAAAGUCAAAUGUCAUGUUUGAUGCAUUAAAAUCGAUUCGCAUUUUCCUACA